AUGAGGAUUCGCCCGGGAUGCGCGGCUGUAUUAGCGCUGCUACUGCAGGCCGCUCUUGUGGCGAGCAAAGCUGUAGAUCAAACGCAACAUCCGCAACGUCAAACUCCAUACGUUAAAAAGGCUCAAAAACGAUGGGGAGGCGAUUCUGGUGGCGAUUACGGCAAUCUUGGAGGUGGUGACAUUGGUGGUCACUUUGGUGGCGGUGAUGCAGGCGGCCACUUUGGUGGCGGUGAUGCCGGCGGCCACUUUGGUGGCGGUGAUGCCGGCGGUCACUUUGGUGGCGGUGACAUUGGAGGUCAUUUGGACAACGGUAAUAUCGGCGGUCAUGGAGGUGAUAUCGGUGGUCACUUGAAUAUCGGGGGUGGUAUUGGUCCAAGUGGCGGUGACAUCGGCGGCGGUGGUAUCGAGGCGCAUCACGGAGGCGACUCCCACGACCAUCAUCAUCACGAUGAGGGCUAUUGGAAAAAAAAAUUAGUGUGGAAGCCGGGUUGGAAGAAAAUCUGGAAACCGGCGAAAAAGCAGAUCUGGAAGCCCGCGUGGAAGAAGAUCUGGAAACCUAUCUGGGUGCCGACGCAAAAAGCGGUGUGGAAGGAGAUUCAAGUACCAGCCUGGAAGAAGAUCUGGAAGCCCGUGUGGAAAGAGAUUCAAGUGCCGGUGUGGAAGGAAAUAAAAGUGCCAGCUUGGAAACAAAUUUGGAAGCCAAUUUGGCAACCAAUCAAGGUACCCGCUUGGAAGGAGAUUCAAGUACCGGCGUGGAAAAAGAUCUGGAAGCCAGUGUGGAAAGAGAUUCAGGUACCGGCGUGGAAAGAGUUUCAAGUACCUGCUUGGAAGAAACUUUGGGUCCCCGAAUGGGUAAAAAUUGGCAUACCGGGUAAUCACUAUCACGGCACUGAUCAUCAUGGAUGGCAGUAUACCAGCCACGAUCUCUGGAAAAAGAAGUUGAUUUGGAAGCCGGUGUGGAAAAAAUACUGGAAAUCGGUGAAAAAGCAAAUUUGGAUACCGGAUAAGAAACUCGAGUGGAAGGAGGCCUGGAAGCAGAUAUGGAAACCAGCGAAGAAGCAGAUCUGGGUAGAAGACAAGAAGCUGGCUUGGAAGGCAGAGUGGAUACAAAUUUGGAAGCCAGGCAAGAAACUUGUCUGGGUUCCUGAUAAGAAGCUGGAGUGGAAGGAAGCUUGGAAACAGAUCUGGAAAACCGACAAAAAACUGGAAUGGAUACCUGAUAAGAAGCUCGCCUGGAAGGAAGCGUGGAAGCAGAUCUGGGUGCCCGCUUGGAAGGAAAUCUGGGUACCAGCAUGGAAGAAGAUUUGGAAACCAGUUUGGAUAUCCGAAUGGUUCCCCAACGAGGACCACCAUCAUCACCACGGUUGGGAUCGCAAGGACACGCAGACGCAGAAUACGCAAGUUGUACCUUACAGUCCGGAAGCCGCUCAGCAGAAGAGGCAAGCGCAGCAGCAGCAACAACAGCCACAACAACAGCCACAACAACAGCAACAGCAAACUUUGGAUGCCGGCGGCCACUUUGGUGGCGGUGAUGCCGGCGGCCACUUUGGUGGCGGUGAUGCCGGCGGCCACUUUGGUGGCGGUGAUGCCGGCGGCCACUUUGGUGGCGGUGAUGCCGGCGGCCACUUUGGUGGCGGUGAUGCCGGCGGCCACUUUGGUGGCGGUGAUGCCGGCGGCCACUUUGGUGGCGGUGAUGCCGGCGGCCACUUUGGUGGCGGUGAUGCCGGCGGCCACUUUGGUGGCGGUGAUGCCGGCGGCCACUUUGGUGGCGGUGAUGCCGGCGGCCACUUUGGUGGCGGUGAUGCCGGCGGCCACUUUGGUGGCGGUGAUAUCGGUGGUCACUUGAAUAUCGGGGGUGGUAUUGGUCCAAGUGGCGGUGACAUCGGCGGCGGUGGUAUCGAGGCGCAUCACGGAGGCGACUCCCACGACCAUCAUCAUCACGAUGAGGGCUAUUGGAAAAAAAAAUUAGUGUGGAAGCCGGGUUGGAAGAAAAUCUGGAAACCGGCGAAAAAGCAGAUCUGGAAGCCCGCGUGGAAGAAGAUCUGGAAACCUAUCUGGGUGCCGACGCAAAAAGCGGUGUGGAAGGAGAUUCAAGUACCAGCCUGGAAGAAGAUCUGGAAGCCCGUGUGGAAAGAGAUUCAAGUGCCGGUGUGGAAGGAAAUAAAAGUGCCAGCUUGGAAACAAAUUUGGAAGCCAAUUUGGCAACCAAUCAAGGUACCCGCUUGGAAGGAGAUUCAAGUACCGGCGUGGAAAAAGAUCUGGAAGCCAGUGUGGAAAGAGAUUCAGGUACCGGCGUGGAAAGAGUUUCAAGUACCUGCUUGGAAGAAACUUUGGGUCCCCGAAUGGGUAAAAAUUGGCAUACCGGGUAAUCACUAUCACGGCACUGAUCAUCAUGGAUGGCAGUAUACCAGCCACGAUCUCUGGAAAAAGAAGUUGAUUUGGAAGCCGGUGUGGAAAAAAUACUGGAAAUCGGUGAAAAAGCAAAUUUGGAUACCGGAUAAGAAACUCGAGUGGAAGGAGGCCUGGAAGCAGAUAUGGAAACCAGCGAAGAAGCAGAUCUGGGUAGAAGACAAGAAGCUGGCUUGGAAGGCAGAGUGGAUACAAAUUUGGAAGCCAGGCAAGAAACUUGUCUGGGUUCCUGAUAAGAAGCUGGAGUGGAAGGAAGCUUGGAAACAGAUCUGGAAAACCGACAAAAAACUGGAAUGGAUACCUGAUAAGAAGCUCGCCUGGAAGGAAGCGUGGAAGCAGAUCUGGGUGCCCGCUUGGAAGGAAAUCUGGGUACCAGCAUGGAAGAAGAUUUGGAAACCAGUUUGGAUAUCCGAAUGGUUCCCCAACGAGGACCACCAUCAUCACCACGGUUGGGAUCGCAAGGACACGCAGACGCAGAAUACGCAAGUUGUACCUUACAGUCCGGAAGCCGCUCAGCAGAAGAGGCAAGCGCAGCAGCAGCAACAACAGCCACAACAACAGCCACAACAACAGCAACAGCAACAAGUGCAGCAACCUCAAACAGACGCUAACAAAAUCAAAUGGGACAGAUCUUUUCAAGCAAAUCCGCCGACGGUUUCGCAGCACCUGGUACCACCGCCAGCUAAUCAAAACGGAGGUCAAGCCGGCUUCACGUUUCCCGGCCGCUAAGAUGAAGCUGGAUUGAACUUCGUGUAAAAUAAUCUUGCACUGUAAUCCCUGAAAAUGCUUGUACAAACGUCUCUAUGAGAAAGUACUGUAACAUAAGUCGCUGUAUAUAUUACGUUUUAGGAAAGAUUAAGAUAAGUUGCUUUAAGUUACCCGAAAUUGUUCGACUGAUUGUGUACUCGCUGCUCUUCGGAG